UCUAAAGCCCAUGUGUGACGCUUUUAGCCCUCCAUUGAAAAUCAAUCGCUUUAACAUACGGAACUUAAUUCAGGAAAAAGCUAGUAGCAUUCGCUUACACAUUAAAAAUGUUCUACAAAAUCGACUUAUAUCUAUAAAAGUGGAUUGUGUAAGCCGUUUGGAUCGUGCUAUCAUCGGAAUAAACGCUCAGCUUCAUAAUGGUUCGGAAGUAAGGUGCUACACAUUAGCUAUGAAAGAAAUACACGUGCAGCAUACAAGCGUAAACUUAACCACGAUUAUCCAAAAAGUGCUGGAGUCUUUUGAAGUUUCGCUCCGACAAAUAUAUACGCUGACGGUGGACAAUGGUGCCAAUAUGGUUUUGGCGGGAAAUAAACUAAACCAAUUAUGUAGGGUUGACCUCGAUGCAGAGCACUCCGAAUGCGAAUGCAUUUUUACAGAAAUUGAAUAAGAUCAAAUUCAAGUGGAUUUACCUCAGGACUCAAUCACCACAGUGCGUUGCGAGCGCACACUUUAAAUUUAGUUGUUUCUGAUUUUUUAAAAGAAAUCAAGGAUUGAUUUAUCUAAAAUACGCACUUUAUGUAAAAAACUAAGAACUCCAACCAUUCUAAAUCUGCUUCAUUUAGAAAAUUUAAACAAGCCGAUAUUAGACUGCGCCACGCGGUGGAAUUCCACGUAUUUAAUGUGCGACCGAGUUCUUACAUUAAAAGAAUUUUGUCUAAAAAGCUCAAAUGACAUAAAAGAACUUCGUUUAAAAAACACCGAAUGGGACGCAGU